UAUUAUUGUAGCAUUGAUAAAAUCUAGCCCAGCGCCAGGGGGUGUAUGCGGUUCUCUUCAGUGUGAAAGUGUUGGAGUUACUGCUACUAUAGCUUUACAGUAAACAAUGGAGCUGCUGUAGCAGAGUAUGGGCACGCCCUGCCCCGUCCUGUCCUCGCGCUCUGACACACAUGCACUUUUACGCACCUGAACCUGGAAGAGAGGAGGGUGGGGGAGUGAGGUGAGGCGCGUGACGUCACUCCAUAUCACCUCAGCUGUGGUGGAAGCAGAGAAGAGAGAGAGAGGAGAGGCUGGCUGUGCUGAGUUGGUGUAUAAGGAGGUAUAUCAGUGUUUAUUAUCAGGUGUAUUGAGAGCUGUGUGGCUGACAGGUGUCUGAAGAUGCUCCAGUGUCUGUCCGCAGCCUGGUGUAUGCGUGUGAUAGAGGGGAACAGGUCUACGUGGUAUUUCGUGCUGCUGGUGCUGGUGUAUGUGCUGUACCUGGUCUUCGGGGCUGUGGUCUUCUCCCUGGUGGAAUCUCCGUAUGAGGACCUGCUGCGAGAGGAGCUGGGGACUCUGAAGCAGCAGUUUCUCCAGGAUAAUGAUUGUCUCUCUGAGGAGAGGCUGGAGCAGUUUCUGGCUAAAGCUCUGGAGGCGAGCAACUAUGGAGUGUCAGUACUGAACGACACCUCCACCAACUACAACUGGGAUUUCACCUCUGCCCUGUUCUUCGCCAGUACCGUCCUCUCCACGACAGGUUAUGGCCACACAGUGCCUCUUUCAGACGAGGGCAAGGCCUUCUGUAUCCUGUACUCUGUGGUUGGAAUCCCGUUCACGCUCCUGUUCCUGACGGCGGUGGUGCAGAGGAUCAUGGUGUUUAGUACUCGCCGGCCUGUAGCUUAUGUUCAGCGCCGCUGGGCUCUGUCUAAGCCUCUGGUGUCUGGUGUACAUGCAGGGUUGAUGGCUCUGAUCGUGGUCUCCUGCUUCUUCCUCAUCCCUGCUAUAAUAUUCUCUGUUAUGGAGGAGGAAUGGAACUUCCUAGAGUCUUUCUACUUUUGCUUCAUUUCGCUUAGUACCAUAGGCCUGGGUGACUAUGUACCAGGAGAGGGCUACAACCAGAAGUUCAGGCAGCUCUAUAAAGUGGGGAUUACUGUCUACCUGCUACUGGGCCUAAUUGCCAUGCUGGUUGUAUUGGAGACAUUCUGUGAGCUUCAGCAGUUGAAGAAACUGAGGAAGAUGUUCUAUCUGAAGAAGGAGAUUACUGAAGACCAGCUUAAUAUUGUGGACCAUGAUCACUUCUCCUUUGCUUCUGUUUCUGAUCCAGUAGCAUCAGUCAGAGACUACAGGACAGAUCUCAUCAAUGACAGUUCCCCUAUAGCAGCCACUGACGGCUCUGUGAUCAGAUGAGAUUCCUGUACAACACAUAUACAUAGAUUUUAACUUCCAGUAACCAGUUGCUUCCAAUCAGUAUAGGUAUGCAAAUACAGGUAAAUCUAAACCAGUGUUCUUAAAUCAAUGUAAAACAAUAAUGUAAAGAUAAGUUAGAUAGUUGUAGCUUAAAGCAGAGCCUGGAUAUAAAGUCAAACAUCUAAAAAUGUUAUAUUCAUAGCUUUAAAAUAGAUAGGAGUUGUAACUAAUUUAUUUAAUGGGCGGAAAGGAAUUUACCACAGACAUUUAAGUGUAAGUCUUUGCACAAACAUGAUUCUGAGCAUCACUCUGAAUUCUCUCUUUACCAGUUAAAGUGGUCUUACACUCAGAUGCUUUUGGGAAGCUGGCCCCAGGAUGGUUCUGGGGUUUGUAAAGACUCUUUAGUAUUUUUUUUCCUUUAAUGGAAUGGAUGUAAAAGGGAUAUAAAUUGUAAAAUGUGCCGAGGUCAAAGCAUUGACUGUACCUGAUCAUUCCAAGAAUGAGACUCAAGUGUCAAACUGUUACUCUUUUCUGUAUUUCUGUAAAUAUUGCAAACUCGCUGUGCCAUGUUUACAUGAACUGUAAUGGAGCUUUAAAUAUGUAUAUGUUUUUGUCUGUAAGUUAAAUUAUUGUAUAUUUUCUGAUUUUUGAAAGAAGUAAAGAGAAGUUAUUGCUGA